AUGGCUUUCGUCGCAGUUGCAUGGAAUGAAACGGACACUCACGUCGCGGGAUCAACAUCGAACAUGACUGCAAAUGAGGUUUUUUUCAAUUUUAGUGUAUAUUCCGAUAUUUUUUCCAAAUAAGGAAGUUUUUAUUGGGUUUAAGAGUGAGUAAAAGCCGAGAAAAGGUAUAAGAAACCUCUAAAGUAGUCACUUUGGCUUUUAAAUCGCUAAUAAAAAUCUUCCAACGCGUAUCCCUACGUUAAAAAUCUUAAGUGGUCACUUUGAAAUAAAAAAAAAUGUAUAUUUUCAUCCAUUUGGACUUCAAGAUACCUUUCAACAUUAUAUAAAGCUAUCAGGGACCAUUAAAAGCUCAAAACCCUAAAGUUAUCCCUAAAAAUAAUCCUUUCAAUUGGGCGUUUACUUACCCAGAGAAGUAUUUUCCAUAUUUCCUCAAUUUUCUAUUCAAAACAAGCCAUUUUCGAUGACUUAUUUCCUCUUUCCGCCUCACUUUUUGCUCUCUUUUUUGCCGUUUCUGCGGCCGGCGUAAACAAAAUUGCGAAAUUCGAAAAGAUGCAGGUUUUCCCCUUGGUCUUUGAUCAUUGGAAACGUCAUUCGCCGUGAACGUUCUCUGCAGAAAGAGAGGAAAAAGUGGGAGGAAAUUGCGGCCUUUGGGCUUUGUUCGGUUGGACUGCGAGUGGACUUUUGAAACGAUUUCAUGUUUGAAAAAAGAACGCGUGAAUGAAAUUAGUAAUAGUCAAAUGAGAUGAUAAAAAGAUAAAAAAAGGAUAGCAAAAUCCUGAAUUUAUGAAAAAUAAUAAUUCAUUUUUUUGAAUUUGAAAUGAAAUUUUUUUCGCUCACAGACAGAUCUGUGGCGUGAAGGAAGAGAACCAUGAAAGUUAUAUUUGCCUCCACUCCAAUAAAGUUCCACUUUAAUCUAAAAAAAUAUUUCACUUUCAAUUCGAAAUUAUUUUCUUCAUUUCACUUCCUGCUUCCUUCGAAUUACUUUAGAUAUCAAAUUUCAAGCUUUUUCUCGUUUUUUUCCCGCUUAUUCGGACUGAAAUUUUUCAGAAAGUUGCUUAUUUUUUUGAAAAAUUUUUUUUGACUUAUUUUUUUCUUGGAAAGGUUGACUUUUCGUUUAUACAAAUUUUGAUGUAUAGGCAUCAAAUUCAUUCGAAAUAGACUGAAAAAAAGUUUAAAUAAUAAAAAUCUUUUUUUAAAAAAAGAGAUAUUAUAGUAUUUAAAAAAAUAAAGUGAUUCCGAAGUUAAAAUCUCAAGAAUCCUCUUUUCAAAGCUUUUUUUCUUUUCAAAAAUAAAACUUCGACAGCCGCUUUUUCCAACUCAAUAAUACAAGUACAAUCUUCAAUUUCUUCGAAAUAUUUAUCGAAAACAAGAAAUUUUCAAGCUGCCAGUAGCCAAUUUUCACCAUUCGUUUGCUUGAGACACAUUUUUUGUCGAUUUUUUUUUUCGAAAAUAUUCAUCCUAGCAAGCCUAAGUAGGGUACUCUGUAGAAAUAAAAAUCCGAAAAAAAUCAAAAAUCAAAGUUCAUUUUAAUUAACUGCAAAAAGUGACUCUCAUCUGAAGGUGCCGGGCUUUUUUGGAAUAUUAACUGAGCUCAUUUUAUUACUAAAAUUUUACUGAACACUAAAAAAAGAACAGUUUUUCUUUUGAAAUGGGAGGUUCUCCGAUUCCAUAAAAUGCAAAUUUUUUUCGAUUUCUGUAUAAAUAGUAAUCUCCGUUGUGAGCACAUUUAAAAAAAGAUUUCGCUUUAGAAUUUUCUGAGAUCUUUCCAAAUGAUUUUUAAUGUGUCGGUUUUAAAAAUAUCAACCUGAGUAACUGAUUUUUAGAAGAAAAAGUGGCUCAAAGUCGGAAAAUGACUCCUUUUAACGGAAUUUGAUGGUCUUCUUUUGACUUUCCGGUACCUUUUCUCGAAAAAUCUGAAGUUAUAUAUUUCGAGAUCUUUCCGGUUUCCAUCUAAUGCAUCUAGAAGGCCCUGGUUAUCUCCUUUUGAAAUAAUCAAGGGCAGAGACGAGUUUUUUUUUUCUCAUUUUUUCUUGCUUUUUUCGUUUUUUUUUUGUUGCAAACCAACGCCCAGGGACAAACAUUUGCGAGCAAUUUCGAAACGUUCUGAGCCAGGGCAAGCCAUUCUCAGCUCUCACUAUAUUUUUUGGCUCGUGUCUGCGUUUCCGAAGCCUGGAGCGAUCUUUCGCCCAUUGUUGUCCGGCGAUUCCAUCCCCUUUUUCCUCUUCCUCUUCUUCCUUUCAACCCAAAAACAACCUCGAAGUCUUCGGUCUUUUUUCUUUUUCGAUAUUUUUGAUAUUUCAUGUCCUUUUUCAAAUUCAUGAAAUUCUUAACGAAUCGAACGAAAAUACUGCUGAAUAAAAGCUAUGAAAUAAUGCUCUAAACAAUAUAGACGCGAAAAAUAUAGUUGCGAUUCUUCAAUAAUCAUUUUAUUCUUCUAGAGAGAAAAUGAAGCUUAAAAAAUAAUGAAAUGAAGUUUCUUUUUGUCGAAUAUGAAUCCUUAAAAUUUCUUGUUUUCGAGCUUACCCAGCUAUUUAUUUUUGUUUUCCUUGAGCCCCUCUUGGGAAGUAAUCAAGCUCUCUUUUUUCGAAUAUGAAGAAGUUGGCAGUUGAAAAAAUACUUUUUAUGUAUAACUAGCGGUUUCAAAAAUGCUAUUAUCAUUUUUGAACAGAAACUUUUUCGUUUUUUUUUUUCAAGUCAUGCGUUUUAGAAAGCACCAUGAAACGAGAGAAAAAAGAUCACCCCAAAUUUGGCGCGAAAAAUAUCGUCACAAUUGAUGGCUUCUGUGGGGUGCUCUUCGAAGCUUUGUUCUUCCAAAAUCUGCUCCGUUACAUCAUUUUUUGGCUCUUCUAUGAUUCAUUGACUUUUCUAUUUGCAAAUCGUUUCGCGACGUUUCAAAAUGCAUCUCAUUUUUUUAUUUUUUGGUCGAUUGGAAAAUGGAUUUUUGAGAUGGUUACGCUCUUAUUUUCCACUCAUUUCCUCUCCCUUCAAAAUUCAGUUCAGCUUUAAAUUCAUAUGAAAAAAACUACUUUGUAAGAUUUCUUUAAUGCGAAAUGAUUUUUGAAACGUUUAAAAUUUAUUGUUAGAGUUCCACAGCGCUGACGUGUUACUAUGAGUCAGUUAUAUUUUACGAUUUUUGAAAAAAAUUUUUCUCUCUUUCUUUGGAAGCAUUUUUUUGAGGAUGAAACUAGUCAGUUUGAAACGGAACUUUCCUGAAAAAAACUAUAAGAAAUAUCAUUUGUGAGUCUCUUUUUUUGUUCAAAUCUUCCUCGUAGAUGUAAUGGAAUCCGAUUUUUGAAACCUAGAAAUUAUAAUAAUCGAAGCUUGGAAUUAAAAAAAGGCAUGGGUAUUAUCUGAAGACUCAUAAUUCAUGUUUUUUUAUGGUUUCCAUUCAAAUUUUGGUUGGCUGAACGAGAGAUUUUCAAACGACUUAAAAUUUCCGUUUUUUUAAAAAUUUUUUUAUUCCAAAUUUUCCAUGAACUCUUGCCUUCAAAACUUUUGUACAAGCCUCGGAAAUUUCCACUUUUCAGUGAUCGUUCUCUGAGGUUUUUGAUCACUUUUAUUGUUGCCCUUGUUUUUGAACCAUCUUUUCGAAACUUUGCUUUGUCUGAAAAAGAAUUUUUCCAAUUGUUUUGAUUCAUUUUUGAGUCAUCAUGAUGUGUAGUGAUGAUUGAUCAAUGUCUAGUGCUAAAGUUCACUUUUUUUCUGUUUUUUUAAUGAUUUUUUUGAUUGGUAGCUAAUUGAAAGUGAAUUGAGGGGUCUUUUUAAGAAUUACGCAGUCAUUAUAGAAAAAUAGUAAUGGUCUGAAAUUAGUUAAAAAAAUAAAAAUAAAAAAAUUUGAUCAUUUUUUUGAACAUCUUCCGAACGCUUUUUUUCAUUGAAAUUUUUUUUGUAUGAGUAUUUUUUUAAUUUUUUUGAAAUUCAUUUAUUGUCAACCAAAUUUCAUAUAUUUGGAGCCUGGAAUGAAAUUUUUUUAAAUUAAAUAGUAAUUUUUUUGAUUUUUUUAUUGCGAGGCUUUUUUUUCUUCUGUUUUAGCAAGUAAAAAAACACUUUUUUUGCAAUGUUUUGACACAAUUUCAGUUGUUUUGGUUGUAGAAGAAAAAAAUUUAUUAAAUUAAGGUUUAAAAAGAUAAAAAGGUCAAAGUCCGUUUGAAAAAAUCGAUGACGAUUUGUCUUUUUCAUACUUUGUUCCUGCACUUUUGUUGUGCUCGGGGAAUGGCAGAUAAAUGUUUCCCUUCUCCAAAAACGUCAAAAAAAAAAAUUGUUCUUCAUUCACUUUUCGAAGCUUUCAUCUGUUUUCUCUUCAUGCUAGUUUUUUUCAUUGGUUUGGCUGGAAAAUCCAUUAAAAAUCAAUUUUCUCGAAUUAAAUCAGGGUUUUUUCCAGAUGUUCCUGAUGGGACUCAAAGCAGAUCAUCAUCCAGAUGAGGAUGAGAAAACGCCAAUCUUGGUGACGGCCGACGGGCCGGAAGGGGGCAUCGUCCUGGUCCCCGCCGACGCCGUCAAGCCUUCAGAAUCCGACGACAAUUCUGAGGCCUGCGACACGCCUUCUUCUACCACUGCAGAGCUCGACGACACCAUGACUCAUCGGUAUUUUUUUUAACACAUAGUCCAUAAUAAUGCAUAAGCUUCUGUUACCAGUGGGAUAGGAUAACCACAAAACAUGAGCUCAAUUGAAGGAACUGUAAUUUUUGAUUUUUGGGAGCCCUUUUUGCGAAAAGACUUAUAUGGAAACUUUUAAGGGCAGAUUUGGAACCAGCGUAAAAAACUGCAUCUAGAAAACAUGGUCUCAUUCGGAAAUCCUACCGUGAGUUGAGACCUUUCCCUGGUUAGAGAAAAGUGAAUCUCUUGGUUUCCCACACUAUUUCGCUAAGUUCUGCAAGAUAAUUUUUCAAAUGCUUGAAUUUCCUAAAAUUUCGUCUGAAAGGCGCGUCGCGGCUGCGUUGCGUUUCAGCAGUUAAGCGUGAAGGGAAAUUGCGCCCGACCUUUUGCGACUUCGGCUCAGAUAACUUCUUCUGCCGAUGUAUGACUUUAACUCAUCAGGGUUUUCGUAUUGUUCCGUUUUUAAUCUCCACUUGUGACAGCCUAAAAUCUCUGCACCCUCUUCCUUCUCGAUGCUCUCUUCAUUUUUCUAUGACCUCUCCGGCGAGGAAAAAGAGGGCGCAGACAGGCCAGACUGUUCCAAGUCGCAGCGAAUGGGUGUUCAUUUUUUUUUUACAAUCAAUCCAUUAGCAACUGUAAAGUCGUUUUAAUUAGUUCUUUGAUAUGUUCGAAUCCAAUUAUCUAAUUACUUGAUUGAAAAAAAGGUUGAUAAGAUUUUUCUUUGAAUCAUCCAAACGCACGUCUCAUUCUGCAGUUAUCAGUCCUUUUCUACGUCAAACUUUUCCCUCAUUUUUAACAAAAUUAAAAAAUGAUAACGAUUCUUUCUCACUGAUAAGAGAAAUAGGAAGAAUGAAGUUAACGAUGGAAAAACGUCUUCAGAAAUGUGAAUUUCAUUUCUUGAGUCAUUUCAUGCCGGUGGUGGUCGAAAUCGAAUGGAGGUCGUUCCAGGCCAUUUUUUUUCAUUUUUUGACUUUUGUUUGCUCUUUUUUGAUGGAACUCAUUGUUUCAACAAAGCUUUCCAGUUCCUUUUUCAAAGUUUUUGAGUCCAUUUUGCUGGUUUUUGCGCUAGAAAACUCAGCUUUACUUCUUAGUUUCCAACUUCAGAAAAUGUUUGUUUUAUAUUCACUACUAUGAAAAAAAUAUUUAUUCUUUCAGCAAAAGCUCAGUAUGAUUCCGAUUUCUAUCGAUUUUAGAUGUUAGAAUUGCGUCAAAAAGCCCUUCUUCCAGGGAAUCCUAAGUCCAAAGUCGAAUAAAGUUUUUGAUUCAAGGAAAAAAAUUGGCUGGAGAUUUCUAUACAAAUAUGCAAUGAGAUUGAACAGCUUCAAGGAGCUAAAAAAUAAAAAUAAAUAAGUAAUUGAAUCAAUUGAUUAAUAACACACUUUGAGUUACGAACCCUAUCAUGUUGAUUUUUAAGUUUCAGACUACUCUAUACCCUUUUUUGCUCGGAAAAUAGGAAUCGGAAGCGGUAGCACAUCAAGAAUCAUCGUAUACAAUAACCAGACUCAAAAAAGAAGUUUCAAGGCUCAUUUUAACUAAAAAUGGGUUUUAAAUAUCCGACAUUCCUAUUUGGAAUGAGAAGCUUCGAGUUUUCAUGAAAAUUAGCUCAAAAAUCGAUUCUGCUUCCAAAAAGUUGGAGUCUGGCCUUACUGAAACUUUUUUUUUGUAGAGUAGAAAUUAAACUUUUUCGACAAUCCAGUUCGAAAAAUUGUCACUGUUUCAAGUUAAAUUCUUUUAGGGACCAUAUUAUUUACAUUUUCUAAGUUCUGGGCCACUAGAAGCUCAAUUUCUGUUUUAGAAAAUCAAAUCUAUUAACAAAAAUGAUCCCUGAGAAUAGUCAAGAAAAAAAAUGAUUCAAACUUUGAGCGGUUUCCAAUUUCACCAAAGAUCUCCUUGAUAGUUUUUAGCACAGAACCGGAAUCAGCGUAGAUAACUGUCUCUAAGGAAGUUGUGAUGUUGAUUUUCGAGCUCGAGACUACUUGUAGAUCAUUUUUGUUCUGCAAAAGUCAAAAUGGAAACCGGUAGCGCAUCAGGAAACAUCACCCUCCUAAUCAGCACGCACACACACAUCAAACAGCCGGUUGUGAACCCGAUGGAGUUCCGUCAGGGACCCUCGUUUUAUCAAUUAUUAUCAGCCGCUUAACUCCUCGUCGUCGUUUUCGAAAAACGGGCGAUAACUUUUUGCUUGUCGAAUUCAUUUUAUCGCAACGCGCCUUGGCGUGCGCGCGACCUCCGCCACCGUCCAUCGAAUCUUUAACUGGUCCUAAAACUUAAUUCUAUUCUAAAGAUGAGGUUUGGUCUCCCGAAAGAACCCCAAAUAACAUGUCUCCCCUGGCGUUCAGGAAGAAUAGCUCGUUUUCCAGUUUCCUGUCGAUGGUCUCGUCCAUCUUGAUGUCGACGGCGACGGUGCAGCGAAAAGCAAGUUACAUCGUUGGAAACGACGCCUGGGUCCCGAAUGAUCCGGAAGAGGUGCCUUUUUUGGUCUAGACUGAAGAAUGGGGGCUGAGCUAACUAUAGCUGAAAAGUUUAGAAAAUAGAUGUAACUGUACCUGAGUUAUGUCCAAUUUAGGCUUAGUGUUUCUUAAGUUUGGGAAAUUCUUACCUGCUUCAGACCAAAAAGUUUUGUUGAGGCUUAGUUUUAGCCGUGCUGGAGGUUUUGGAUAGAAAAGUUUUGGAUAGAAAAAUUGGACUUUGAAGGAUCUUCCACUUGAAGUUGAAUUUUUUCAUCAUUUUUUUCGGUAUUGGGAUUCUCAAAAUUUCAGCUCAAAAAAAAAGUUUGAGGCUCUAUGAAAACUGGCUAUACGAGAUAAUGGUAUUCGUCAUUUUCAGAUCGUCGAAAUCCCAGAAGAUGCCACUUUCCGAUACAAAAAGGUCCAUCCGACCGCGGAAGGUUGUUGAAAACUUAAUUUAUUUUGUAGCCUUACAUUUUUCAGCUCCCAGCAAGUUUGUGAUGAAGAAUGGCGAUUUUUCUGUUCUCACCAGUGAGGUGAGUAAUUUUUUGAAGGGAUUAUUUAAUCGAUUUUUUUUUUGAUUGAAGCUAGUCAUCUAACUAUAAACGAAAGAGCUAUAAUUCAACAAGCUUCUUGAUAGACUGUAGUUUAAAAGCUUUUUCCUGGAAAGAUUCAAAAAUUGAGGUCAAGUUAGUUCAAAACUAUCCCCUCUUUUCAAAUAAAGUAAAUUUUAAGAAAGGGUCUCGUAACGGAAUAUCUACAGUGCUCCGGAAUAAUCAGUAACAUUGAAGCACGCGGUGAGCAUCGUCGACAACAACAACGAAGGCGAGGCGAAAAGAACCAACUCGGAAAUCGAGCUGAGCAGUAAAAGAAGAGACUCCAUCGGAUCCGAUUUGGCUCAUUCGGCCACCGAAAGCAAAAUCGAGAAGGUCCUCGAGGAGAAUCGGUGAGCAAAUGUGGAAAAAAGAAAAUUUUUUUAGGAAACGGUAGACCUUUUUAAAAAAGUCCAAUGAUGAGGCGGGGGGCGGGGUUUCAAAAAGAAAGUCUUGUAGCUCAUUGAAGCCUUAUUAGAGGAGCAGCUUGAGCUAUUUUUUUUAAAGAUUGAUCUCGGUAGUCUUUUUGGAGUCUGCUUCAUUUUGGCGCCUUUUCUGGAACUGAGUCGAUUUUUACUGACCCAUGAAAGGUUUUUCAGCCUCACCACCUUUAUUUGAACACAUCUUGUCUUUAUUAAAGGCGCAGAAAAGAGUUGUGUAGAUUUCGCCUUUUUUUCAGCCACUGUAGGAGUUUUUCAGUUUUUGAAACAAGAUGAUUCUUACUGUGACGAUUUGAGCUCUUGAAAAGCUCAUUGUAGCCUCCUUAAAUGAUUUCCCAUAGACCUCAUACGAUAUCAACACUUUAUCAAUUAGAGAUAAAAUCUAGAUUUUGAUUAUCUUCGAUAAUAAUUGAUGUUUCUACAACUUUGUUUGGCCCCUUCUCAUCUUUGUUUGCCUCGAACCACGUGGUCUUCUUUUUGUGCACCUGAUUUUAUGUUCCUCAAAAUUUUUAUCACUUUUUUGAGCCUGAAGAGAAAAGAUUUUUGAUAAAGUUACCGUAUCUUUGAUAAGCUCAGGUGAUUUGGAAGGUUUUUUAAGAUAAUGUUACAGUAAUCCUCGAAAAUUGAGUUUUAAGCCCAAACCCUUUCGAAUUUUUUAUUGAUUUUUUUCGGUGAUCAAUCGAUUUCCAGAUGAUUUCCAAUCAGAAAGCUCUUCGUUUCCGGAUUAAUUUUUCCUAAUCCUCUUCUGUGAUUUUUGACUUUAUCAGUGUUUGGCCGGUCUUUUAAUUUGCGAGCCGCUAUCGCACGCGCCCUCAUUACGUCAGUUAAUUAGGAUAGACUUCAGUGAUAAUUUUCGCCGAGAGAAAAGUUUGAUAAGUGGUUGUAAACGGGAAAAGUUUCUUGUUCAAAGUUCGCUUUUUUCGUGUACCAUGAUGUUUGCUUCACAUGGUUUCCAUGUGGUGGGGGAAUGGGAAAAGUGGAAGGAAUUGGAUUUUUGAGGCUUGGAGAGUAAUCUUGAAUAGUUCUGAGUACUUAUUUUAGUACGAUAGUUUUAAAUAUUACUGUAAAUUUCAUGGGUAAAAAAAGAGCUGGCGUUUUUUUAGAACUCAUAACGAUUCAAAAAUUGAAAUUUCUAGCGGAAUGUAUAUCAAAAAGAUUGAAAAAUGUGCGCUGUAGCCUUUUUCUAGAUUCUUUUCAAGUUUAUAAUGUUUUCCAAUGUUUUUUCUUUAGGAAAAAAGCGCCGCUUCAUCACCUAGUGAUAACUUUAUGGAAGUCGGACAGCAAGGACAAGAAGUACAUGCUUUCCUUGUACAGAAGCAGAAAUGUUUGUUUUCCAGGAGUUCUUUGAAAAAUCAAUGGGAUUAUAUUUUAGAUGGCCGAUGUAGUGGCACUUUGUGAGCGAUGCCGAGAAAAUCCAGAACUUUUCCGCGCGUUUCCGAAAGGUUUCCAUUUUUCGGCUUCAUUUUAAAAAUUAUCUUUUCAGGAGUUGAUACAAAAGUGUACAUGAUGAAUAUCCUGAACGGACUCCGAGAACACAUUCUCUGGAAAUCGAUUCAUUUGGCGUCGAAGAUCGGCCUCGUUGAGUACUUCAAAACGGUCAAGGAGAGGAAAAUCAAAAAGUUUGAUUUUGAAAUGAGUUUCGGAAAUUUAAUCGAAUGUUUAUAGUUCGCUCCAUGGGAUUUGUCAACCUGAAGGUCUUCCGCCGCUGAUGAUCGCUAUUCAGAACGAUCAGUAAGUUUUUCUUCUCUUUAGAGAGCAAUGAAAUGAACUUUAUUGUCGAUUUCAGGCCAGAAAUAGUGAAGGUUCUCCUGGACCUCGGCGCUGAUGUCACUGCCGUCUGCGCUGACGGAUCUUCGGCUCUUCAUAUCGCUGCCAUGACCAACCCAGAUAUGAUCAGGGUAAUCCCUUUCCAGACACAAAAUUUGCUUCUCCACCCAAAUUACUAGUCUGGUCCACACGUUCAGAACCUAAUAAGGUCAACAAGAUGGGUUGACUUCCGAAAACUUCGAUGAAAACUCAGCAAAAAAGACGAGUUUGAACUUCUGGAAAGUAGACUUGAACUUUUUUAAAAAUUUGUGAAUGGAGUUGACAGCUUACAAAACUCUGGUCAAAGCCCCUUAAAAAAAGCCUAAAAGUGGAAUUACCGAAAAUCUAGAAAAAUCUGAGUUUUUUUUUAAGUGUACGUUCUGACCUUGAGGCGCGAAAGUUGAGAUUUUCGUAUUUAUUAAUUUUUCGGUUUUUUGGAAUGUUUUUUCAAGUUUUCGCUAGACCUCAUUCCCAACCCCCUCGAGCCGAGAAUUAUUUUUCUAGUUUCUCAAAGUUCAUAAUCGAUUAUCUUCAUUUCCAGCUCCUCUGGUCGACCGGAAAAUGCGAGAAAAUUCUGAACGCUCCCGAUGGAAAUGGCAACUCGCCAAUGUACGUCGCCGUCUCCAAUGGCUAUAUUUCGUGCUCCAGAUGCCUCAGCUCACUCGGUUUCGAAUUUCUCUCCCAAAUUGUCUUGAUCAAAACAAUUCAGGAGCUUCACUUUCUGCUGUGAACUCUACAGAAGCGCCGACGCCACUUAUUGGCGCGAUCAAACGCGGGAAAGUCGAUGAACCGUUCGUUUCUUUUUCUUUUAAUAGACCUGAAGAGGAUUUGAAAAAAAAAUUUGAAAAAUUGCCUCUAGGCGCUGGGAAACUUUAGAAAAAAGUUUUUAGUAACAGUUUUAAAAUUUUCGAUUUUCUUCGGAACGCUUAUCUCCAAGGAGAAGGAUUUGAAGAGUUCUAUGAUUUUUUUUUUCCAGGAUUUUGAACCGAAUAUUGGAAAUGUCGCCAGAGUCGCUAAAUGAAAUCGAAGCAAACACUGGAAAUGGAGUCCUGCACAGUGCUACGAAUAAAAAGACGCUGCUGAUGUUCCUGAACAAGACGGUUGGUUUUGAAAAAAAUCAAAAUAAGGUUCAAUUAAAGGCUUUUUCUGCAAUAAAACGCUCAGAGUAGAUGAUUAAAAAAAAAGCGUUUUUGUUAGUGGAAAAAAAAUGUGAAACCAAAAAUGCGGUGGGCGGAGUGAAAACCUCCGCCGUUCUCACGUGACGUCAGAGAUUUCGGCUCUAAGAGCAUAGAUAACAGGGAAAAUCAAAGGCGCAGCGGCCGCGUUGCGAUAGGGCAAACUCUCCCUGAAUUUUUUCUGCGCCAAAGCGUCGCAGUGUAUGCACACGACACUUUACGGAGAAAAAGUGGGGGAGUCUCCAUCGAAAAACGCCGUGAAAAAUCACUUCGGUGUGGAUUUAGUCUGUUCAGAUUUCGAAUGUCAAGCAGCUUACUCCACCCCCAAGGCUACAGUAUCUUUCGCGUCAAUUUUUUUAUCUAAAGAUGACGAUGGCCCUUUAAUAAGGCUGCAUUUUUGACUUCUGUUUCUAUCUUCAAGAUCAAAAAAGAUCAAAAUUAGUUCCGCGCGAUAAAACAUCGACACGAAAAGGUACCGUUUCAGCAGGGGCGGAGUUAGCUGCUUGACAUUUGAAAUCUGAACAGACUAUAGCCUCGAUUAUGGAUCAUAUGAUAAUUGGCCAGAAAGCGCCUAUUAAAAAGUGCUUUUUCGAUCAACGCAUUUUUUCAGGAAAAGCGACUCGACCCCUCGGCCCGCAAUUUCUUGCAGCAAACUCCGCUGCACGUUUUCGUCCGCCGCGGCGACCUGGCGCUCGUGAUGGGAAUCUGCGCCCACGACAUCGACAUCAACGCCGUCGACAGCAGCGGCAACACGCCCCUCCAUCUCGCCGUUUCUGUAAGAUAUCCUUUCGGAAAACAUCAUCAAAUGCUGACCUUUUCAAGAACGCCAACGUGGAAAUUGUGCGAAUUUUGCUGUGCCUCGGAGCUGACCCCAAUCUGAUCAAUAACCACAAGGAAUCGCCGAGACAUGUCGCCGCGAGACUGGCUGAUGGGUGGGUUUUCUUUCACUAAUUUUCCAAGCACUAUGAGUUAAAUUCACAGAAAUUCAUAGAGCCCUUAAGUUUUAGGACUGCUUUUUUUUGUCAAUUGUUUAAACAAAGGCUUCAGAAUCGUCGCCAAAGACAUCGUCCGGUCGUUGAUCGUCUGCGGAGCCAAAUCUUGCCCCGUCCAUUUCAUCGGCUGCACUUUCCUCUGUAUGCAUCGGGAGAAUGUCGCCGCCUGCCAGGCCAAGUCGAGCAAUCCGCCUUUUGGAGGUAGAUUUCAUAUUUUUGGUGAUGUUAGUUGAAAGGAAAAUGUGGAAUGCUUUCAAAUCGCCUUGUAAGCUCUUUUUGGCGUUGUUUGAAUGGUUAUAGUUGCAUUUUAAAUUUUUCCACUGAUCCCGACUCGAAACGACUUUCGCAUGGUAGCAUCUCCAUACCGCCGUGGCGCUUUGAGUCAUUCCAAGUUAUUGGAAAACGAGGAAAUUGAACUUUCCUUGAGUCCGCUCUAAGUAAUCACGUUUCUGAUUGGCUCGUCUCAAAAUUUUGAAAGAAAUGAGUGGUCCAGCCAAUCAGAGAGGUUCCCCCAGUGGAGCGAACUUUGACCAAGAUGGGAUCGAACUGAUUAAUUUUUUUAAGACCGCAAACUAACGGAAGACGACAAGGUGAAUUCCAUCAAGGUGGACAAAGACGCUCCGACGGGAGCCUACGAGUUUGAGCUCGACCCCGAGACGCAACUCGUCGACGAGGCUUACGUCGAGAAAAACGAGACUCGAUUGUUCCCUCAUUUGGUUGGUUUUACUAUGAAAAUUAUUUUUAAAUUGCAAAAAAAGAUAAAUGUAUGCUAAUUGGUUGUAAAAAAGCUCUUAGAUUCGUUUAACAAAAAGUUAUCGUCUUGUUUUCUCAAAUUUUUUGCUCAUAUCCCUUCAAAAGAUUUGAAAUCCUGUUAAUAUUCUAGAUAAGAAAAAAAAUAAUUUGUCCUUUACAAGUCAGUGAAACCGCUUUGCAGCCGCAGCGCGUCUAGCCGUUCUCAAUUCGUAAAAAAACAGUAUAAUAAAAGAUCUCGAAUCGAAAAAAAAAGAACUUUUCUCAGAAAACCAGACUCCUUCUGUUUCUUUUUCCGAACGUUUCUAUGUAAUUACACGAAAAAAAAAAUCUUCUCAUUGGAUUCCCCCGAAAGAUUACAAGUAUUUUUUUUCCUCAGAUGGCAGUGGAGCAAAUCAAGGAGAAGCUGAAGCUCAUCGCGGAGAAGAAAAACAAGUCCCACAUUAUCAAUGUCCUGAGUUUGGACGGAGGCGGCAUCCGAGGCCUUGUCAUGUGCCAGGUUCAUUCAUACCUGGGAAAACGAUGAAUAUCGAUGUUUUCAGGUCCUUUUGGAGCUGCAGAAACGGUUGGAAUCGCCAAUUUUCUCGUAUUUCGACUGGGUCGGAGCCACGAGCACUGGGUCUUUCAUUGCGUCCGCCUUGAUGACGGGUUCGUCUUUUUUUUCCGAUAGUUCAGAGCCUGUUGGUUUCCGUUCUGUUGAAUUAAGGUGCAUGUUUUGAUAAUUUUUAAUUGUUUCGCUUUUUCGAAUAUCUUUUUACUUUUGGUUUUUCGAGGGUUUUACCAGUUUGACUUAUCUUCAAUUUUUUUUUCAAUUUUUCAGCUUUCUAGUUACUUUUUCCUAUAUUCAGCACAAAAAAAAUUCUCAGAAAUUUCUCCAAAUUGACCUGAAAUCCUCUAGAAAAAAAGCUAUUAACCCUAAUAAAUAUCAGGAAAAAAACUCUCCGCUGUGCCCAAAAAAUGUACCUCCGAUUCAAAGAUGUCCUUUUCGACUCGUGGUCUCGUCCGUAUAACACGACCGUCCUCGAAAACUUCAUCCAGACCUCGUUUGGAAUGAAAAAUAUGAGCGAAUACGAAUACCCAAAGUGAAUAUUUUCCCGAAUUUCAUCUUCAAUCCUUCAUUCUCCAGGGCUUUCUUCACCACAGUUCGUGCUGAUACUUUCCCCGUGCAGCUGGAACUCAGCCGCAAUUAUCGUCUGCCCCUCUCUGAGGAAGAAAAUAAGGAGCUUGGCUUUGUUGAUCCCAAAGGUUUUUUUAAUAAAUUUCAAAAAAAUAUUUCAAGUAAUUUUUUUCAGAAAUUCCUCUGUGGCGAGCUGCUCGCAGAAGUAGCGCUGCGCCGACGUAUUUUUUUCGGCUUCUGAAGGUGAAAUUUUUGAAAGUAAAAGAACAAAUUGAAAAAUUUUGACAAAAAAAUAGUUAUUAUUCACAUCCGCUCCAUUGAUAUGCCGCUAAAAAUUUUUUUUUUGGAAUUUCUAAGCCAAAAUUGUCAUUUCUUUUUUUUUCUUUGUUUCAAAGUUUUCCUGUUGUUCAAUACUUUUCGAUCAGUUAAGCAGUUACUUAUAAUAUUCCCACCUAAAAAUUAUGGAAAUUCAACUCUGCUUGAAAAUUUAAUGUCUCUAUCAAAAUUUCGAAGCGGAAGACAAAAUCAAAGAAAAAUUUUUUCACUUUUUCUUGCUUCUUCAACAAGGUCCAUUUUUCUCUCUUUUUUCUGACCUCUGUGACAAUUUCACUAUUCCAGGAAAGUUUAUCGAUGGCGGUAUGGUGUCGAACAACCCCACUUUGGACGUUUUGUCCGAGAUUCACUUCUGGAACACGUCUUGCCAGAGAGUUGGGGUAAGUUUUUUAUUUUUUUUCGAAAAAAUCGAAUUGAAUUCUAUUUAAAUAUAUAUGUUUCCAGAAACCCGAGCGAAUGGUCGAAAUCGGGUGCGUUUUGUCCGUUGGAACCGGCGUCACGCCGAUUUGUCCCGUCGAUCCGAGCGUCUUUGAAAUGAGCGAUUUCAUGGGACUUUUGAGAGGAAUCAAGAAUUUGUCCCUGGUUGUGCUGGAUCAGGUGAGAAUUUAUUUUUGAAAAGUUGUGAAAUUAUUUCAAAAGAGGUCCUUGAAAUUUGCUUGACAUUUUCUGAUUUUUAAGGCAGGUUUUGCUGAAUUAAAAAAAUUUUCCUUUUUUUCAGAAUUUCUCAAUAUUUCUUCCCCCAUAACUCGCGUAGAUAAAAUAAAUAAAAAAAUUAGGACGAUUUUUUUCUAAAAAUUUCAUUUAUUCCAACUGAUUUUUUUACAGCUUUUUUUAAAAAUUGAAACUUUCUUUUUUUCCCCCUUUUUAUAAUUUUUUUCCAAAAAGUUUCCGUUUAUUUUUUUGCUCAAAGGUCAUCGAAUUUUUGCAGGCGACCGCCACUGAAGGAGCUCCAGUCACUCGUUCUCGUUCCUGGUGCCACUCCCUCGGAGUUCCCUACUUCAGACUCAAUGCUCCUUUGUUCAAGGUAUUUUUCCAAUCAGGAAUCCUAAUAACCCUGAUUUCCAGGACAUUUUGUUGGACUCGAAUGAAGACAAGGAACUGGCACAGAUCAUGUGGGAUUCAGUCGUUUAUUCGCAUACCCAUAGGUAAUUUUGCCCUUUCUUUGACUUCUUUUUUCAACAAAUCAAUUUUCAGGAAAGAUUUUGACGAACUCGCCGAAUUGCUAAAGCUGGUCGGAACCAACAAACAUCGCAAAAAUUACUUGUAG